AUGCAUAGUUUUUUGAACGCUUACGAUUCAAUACAAGAACAACGCGACUUUUUUUACAAGUCAUUCGCUACUUCGACACCAGCAAAAUUGAUUCUGAGUCGAGACAGAAGCGAAUGGCAUCAUCGUCUGAUUAAAUGCCUCCACGUUCCAGCAGAAACUGUUUCUGUCCACUCCGAAUAUCCAUUCAUUUAUUGUAAUGCUUACAAAAAUUUGCAAAGUGAUGCAUCAGCUGCUGGCUUAUGUUUGCCUGACCCGUGUCUAUCAGACAUACACCAGUUAGCGCAACAUUGGGCUUCUUUUGUGGAGCUAAACUACAGUAAGCCUUAUGAAACUGUAGAGUGUACAAGAUCCAGGCAUCAAGAGCAAUGGUACCACAAGUCAGAAAUCUUGGCAAAUUUCAUCUUCAAUAAUAUACUGCACAUUAUUGUUGUUUGUGCUUCAGUUUAUGAUGUCAUGAGAGGAAGCAAAUCAAAAUCUUUGCUCACGGAAAUGUUUUUGGGAUUUUCCGCCAAACGUAAUUUCAAUAUGUUUAUUGGCGCUGAAAAAAGUCGUAAAUUGAUUACUUGCAUUUUUGGCCUUCGUGUAAUCGCAACUGUUUGGGUGAUUGUCGGUCAUUCAUCUGUUUUCAUUCAGGACUUUCUGGAAAAUCUUGACGAAUAUAGAGAAAUUAUGAGGGAUAAUUUUUUCUACCAGUUAUUGACAAAUUUUUUUUUGAGCGUUGAUAUAUUUUUUUUAUUAAGUGCCACUCUGACUUCAUACGCUUGGUUUCAACGUAAGCUGAAGAAAGAAGAUUUAACGAGUUUCUCAUUUUGGUUUGAAUUUUAUUGGAAUCGUAUUGUGCGCUUAUGGCCAGUUUAUGCUAGUACUUUAAUUAAUGCCAUUACAACCGUUUCAAUUUUUUAUCAUCGUUCAACGUGGAAACUUGAAGAUCAACGUGAAAAAUGUAAAACUAAUUGGUGGAAGAAUUUACUGUUUAUCAAUAGCUUUAUUGAUGACACUUGUCUGCCAUGGACGUGGUACAUUGGAACAGAUUUCAUAUUCUAUCUCAUCGCUCCAAUUUAUUUGUUAUCUUUCAAUAAAUCGCGCACACUUGGAUUAGUGCUAUCAGUGUCAACGAUUCUUCUCUCAGCAUUUUUAAAUAUUAUUAAAAUGUUGCAGUAUCGUUUCCCACCAACACACUUAUUAUGGGUAAGGCCGCCAACAUUCCAUGUUGAUUUCAUGAAGCAACAUUACAUCACAUACAUUGGACCACAAUAUCGCAUUGGUCCAUAUAUUGUUGGCAUAUUAUUAGGAUAUUUAUUAGUUUACAUGGAUAAGAUAAAAUUAUCCAAGAAAAACUUGUGCUGUUGUUGGAUAUGGUUUGGCUCUAUUGGAUUUGCUAGCUUAUUCGGACUUUACCCAGCUUUACAGGGAUGGGAUUGCUGGCCAUAUUAUUUAUUUUAUGGAGCCUUACACCGUACCAUAUGGGCAUUUGCCAUAGGAUGGCUUAUCUUUGUAUGCUUCACUGGGAAUGCUUAUUAUUUGAACCGCAUUCUGAGUUCACCAAUUUUUGCAUACUUUUCCGGGAUUUGCUAUUCGACAUAUCUUUGCCACAUAUUUUUAAUAUUUGGUGUAUUUUUGAAAGAAGAUUUUCCAAUAGAAUACCAUGGAAUUCAAACACUGCUGAUAUUUGUGGUUCAACAAGUGAUCCUUUCAAGUAUUAUUGCUCACUUGACAGCAUUUAGUAUCGAACAUCCUUUUAUAAAUAUGAACAAGACGCUAUGGAGUAGAAGAAAAUUACGUGAAACAAAUGGUAAAAAAUGUAUACAACAACGUGAAAGAGCGGAAGAUAAUGUUCUGUUUAAAAACAAUUUAUCAAAAUAA